AAAGAAAUAGCGCUUGCGUAAUUUCAUUGUAUUGUUUGGUAUAAUGCUAAUGAUUGUGUAAAUUGAAAUUUUUCGAAGAUAUUUUAUAAUAAAUUAGCGUAAUAUAUUCACUUGAGGAAAUAUAUCUAAAAUGGCCGAUCAACAACAGUUUUUCUUAAAAUGGAACGAUUUUCAGAGCAACAUGGUCUCUUCUUUCAGACAUUUAAGGGAUGAAAAAAGUUUUACAGAUGUCACAUUAGCUUGUGAAGGGCAAACAUGUAAAGCGCAUAAAAUGGUGUUGUCUGCUUGUAGUCCCUACUUUAAAAGUUUGCUUGAAGAGAAUCCUUCAAAACAUCCAAUUAUAAUUCUAAAAGAUGUUGCAUACAGCCACCUGCAAGCCAUUCUAGAGUUUAUGUAUGCAGGUGAAGUAAACGUGAGCCAAGAACAGUUACCUGCUUUUCUGAAAACGGCAGACAGACUAAAAGUUAAGGGUCUUGCCGAGGCACCCCAGGCCAUCAAAAGGGAAUAAGAAAUUUGUUAACAUGCUUAAUUUUUUUUCUCAGAUUGUGCAAGGAUAUAUUUAUUACCGACUGAUAUAGAAUAUUUUUGUAUGUAUGUAUAUUUCAAAAUGUUUGUUGAUAACAUUGACCAUAUUUUUUGAAUUUAUUAGUUUUUGUGGUUUCAUCCAACUGUUGAAUAUGGUGAAAACAUAAAAAUAUCUUUUAUUGAUCACAAAAGCACUACUUUACACAAUCUGAGAAUUUUACAUAAAAAUUCCUAAUAGGUUUUAAUUUUUUGUAAAAGUUUUUAUAUGAUUUUGUUUUAUAGUUUUAUAUAAAAUAAGGGUUUUAAUGAGUAAUACAAUUCUGUUUUUAUAUAGUUUUCAACUUUCUUAAUAUUGUAUGUUCAAUAAUUUACCCGAUUGUUACCAAUUUUUUGUAUAAAGAUCAAGUAACUUUCUGCAACCUUGUAUAUUCUCAAAAAAAUGUUUAGACAUAAAUGCAAUAUUAUUUCACAUUAUGAGUUAUAGAUUAUUUCUUUAAACUCAAUUUAAAUAAAGUAUUUCCGAA